UUAGUUGGAUUUACGUUUAAUAUGCCCUUUUCAACGUUUCGGUAUUUUAAAUUUUAGAUUUUUCUAUUUCCCGAUUUUUUAGUUUUUCAAACUAAAAUUAAAAACAAUAGCCAACAUGUAGCAGUUGAAGUUACUAGCUGAAACGAGAACUACCACUGUCUAAUCUUUGUGAGACUCCUGGAUUAAUAUUUUGGUAACCAGAAUGUCCAUUUUGGAGUUUUCUGAAUCUUUUCGAGCUUGGGGAAGAUCUUCGUGGAGAAACGUCCACGAUUGUAACCUGUGCCCCUAUUUUACAACAUCGCUUUUCCUUAUGGUAAACCACGUGCGACGACACCGUUCCACUCCAGAAAAACCGACUUGUGAAAACGCCAACAUCGAAACAUUUUACUGCAAAGACUGUGAUUUUCAAACGGAACUGACGAUUCUGUUCAAACAACACAUUAAUAAAAACCACAGCUUUAAAGACGAUUUAUCCAGUGAGGACUUCAGUGUGCAAAACUACGUUUGCGAAAAGUGCGAUUUCGAAACAAGUUUGUUGUUGAAAUGGCGUCAACAUGGUUUAGAUUGUGCAGGAAAAAAAGAAAAUCUGCAAAGUGUGAGUUCUCCGAAAGAAAAUGUCACAUACAGUAGGAAAAAUAGCCAUUUGAUCAAGGAGUUUGCAUGCCAUAAGUGUCCAUAUAAAACUAGAUAUCCAUCGGAUUUAAAAAGACACAUAAAUGGGACGCAUUUAGAUGAACAAAAUGGCGAAUGGCAUUUAUGUGAAGAGUGUCCAUACAAGUCUAGGUACAAGUGGAAUUUAAAAAAGCAUAUAAUUUCCAACCACAGUAAUGUUCAUCAUCCAGAAAAAUCUAAACGCAGUUGUCGUUCAAAGAGUCAUUUAAAUCAGAUCUAUCCAGAUGGUGAAUGGCACAAAACUAGAACAAGAUCUGAUUUAAAAAAAUCCGUAAACAACUCACACUUAGACCAAGAAAACGUCAUCUGGUACUAUUGUAAAGAGUGUCAAUAUAAAACUAAAAGACGGACGGAUUUAAAACGUCACGUGCUUUGUAGACAUUUAGAUGAAGACAAAAUCAACUGGUUCAAGUGCGAAUAUUGUCCAUUUAAGACGAAAAUCAAAUAUAGUUUAGAUGCACAUAUAAAUGGACAACAUUUAAGGCAAUGCAAGCCAAUGGUACAAAUGCGAUCACUGUCCUUACGAAACUAAAAUGAAGUAAUAGUUUUGUAAACACAUAAAUAAACGACAAAUAGAUUUUAAUUUAGUUUAAGUUAGGUGUAGUUUUAAGCUGAUUGUGUAUAAGUACGUCUGUUGCUUUAAUUGUAGCUUUAAAGUAGU